CUAUGUUCUAAUCGUAGAUUUGCUGACGGAGAUGCCGCAUCGAAUAUAUCACCAUGGGAUGACAUCAGACUAUGCCGCCGGAUUUCUAUUUCCAAUCAACAACGCACGCGCCAUAGAGGAUUUGGAAGCGCACAUUCGGUAUAGCAAGCGAAGCCGAGAUCAGUAUGUGUCAUUCCUACGGAAGAAACUGAAGGAUGAUCAGACAGUUUUUUCGGUGUUUCAACAAAUAUUCACCUACCGAUCACUGUUCGGCUUUUCCUGGAUCAAACGGUCGAACUUGGAACGAAAAUCGAUGAAAGAUUAUGAGAUUUUCACCACCUGCAUGUUGGAUGCCUGGGAACGCAAGGGUGUGACUGAAGAAUCUCUGGCAGACGAACUCCGACACGUGGUUAGGAAUGCACACAUUUCCAGACGGAAGCUCAAAUGCCGACAGAAGAAAAAGACGGACGCCCGUGGUCGUCAAUUUUGAAUUAGAACACAAAUUGCAAUGACGAAUCUUAGCAAAGAUAAUAAACGUAAAAUGUGUAUAAACUAAAUGAAUCGUUGUUAAACGGAAUGUAGCUUUUUCGUUGUUCCAGUCCACAGUAUACGCUGCGUUGCGCAAUCUAAUUGAUUUAUCGUUCACCUUUCCAGCCAAGAACAUAGCCAAGCUUCGCAAUCGGUUGCAGAGUUUGAACAAAAUGAACACCAAGACCGUGAGUAAAAAGGACAAGGUUAAGCUGGACAUCCAAAUCUGCAACGUUCAGCAGGAGCUGCAGGAGUUAGCCAAACAGGCCGAACGCCAGCGAACGUGUGCCACUGCCCGGGUCAAUGGGUUCCACUUUCCGUUGGUUUCAAUGGGCGAAAUCGAACGGCUGGAGGAAACCGUUCGGCAUGAUUUCAACGUCCGGGAUCAGUAUGUGCGAUAUUUGACGCUCAAGAAACCAAGGUCGAUGGAUGUAGCGAAUUUCUUUCCGUAUCUCUUCACCGACGAUGCGUUGAUGGGUUACAACUACUCCGGAACGAACAACAUCGGCGAGCAGAAGAUGCCGAUGAGGAAUUAUGAAAUAUUCAUCGAGUGUAUGAUUGAGGCUUGGGCUGAUCAGGGCAUGACCCACACAAUACUGGAGGAUAAGAUUAAGGCCGUUGUGAAAAAGUUAACCGCCCGUCGGCGGAUGCAAAAAUUUCGUCAGAGAAAGUCGAUGAAAGUUUGACGCGAAACUUGAUUUUUGUUUUUAAUAAACUCUGCAACUCAUCAAUCAUUGAUUUUCUAUUUUGUUCUUAAGGAUAGCAAAUUUACUCCUACUUUCACUAACC